GAGGACAAAAAAAUAAAAAGACUGCUGCAAAGCUGAUCUGAAAAGCAAAGCAAACAAACUUUGAAAAUAAAGGGGGAACAGGAAGUUUGGCAACGGUGUCCAAUAGAUAUGGCAAUGGUAGUCGGUGCGUGGCGAGACCCCCAGGACGAUGUGCCCGGAGCUCAGGGAACGCAGCCUUCGCAAGCCCCGCCGGUGCAGGGACCCCCGGCCGGGGCCCCGCACACCCCACAGACCCCGGGGCCCGGGGGCCCUCCCAGUACGCCAGCCCAGACCAACCCGCCGAGCCAGCAGAACCAAGGAGACAAGCAGCAGCAGCAGCAGCACAUUGAAUGUGUGGUUUGUGGGGACAAGUCUAGUGGCAAACAUUAUGGCCAGUUUACCUGCGAGGGUUGCAAGAGUUUCUUCAAGCGGAGUGUAAGGAGGAAUCUCAGCUACACUUGUCGUGCCAACAGGAACUGUCCCAUUGACCAGCACCACCGCAAUCAGUGUCAGUACUGCCGCCUCAAAAAAUGCCUCAAAGUUGGCAUGAGACGGGAAGCGGUCCAGAGGGGCAGAAUGCCACCCACACAGCCAACUCAUGGUCAGUUCGCCUUGACAAAUGGGGACCCUCUCAACUGCCAUUCCUACCUAUCCGGAUAUAUCUCCCUUCUUCUGAGAGCAGAGCCCUACCCCACCUCCCGCUUUGGCAGUCAGUGCAUGCAACCCAACAACAUCAUGGGCAUCGAGAACAUUUGUGAACUGGCAGCUAGGAUGCUCUUCAGCGCGGUGGAGUGGGCCAGGAAUAUCCCCUUCUUCCCAGACCUCCAGAUCACAGACCAGGUGGCCCUCCUGAGGCUGACCUGGAGCGAGUUAUUUGUCCUCAACGCUGCCCAGUGCUCCAUGCCCCUCCACGUAGCUCCGCUCCUGGCAGCUGCUGGCCUCCACGCUUCGCCAAUGUCUGCUGACCGAGUGGUCGCCUUUAUGGACCACAUACGAAUCUUCCAAGAGCAAGUAGAAAAACUGAAAGCAUUGCAUGUCGACUCUGCAGAAUAUAGCUGUUUAAAGGCCAUAGUCCUCUUCACCUCAGAUGCCUGUGGUCUCUCUGAUGUAGCCCAUGUUGAAAGUUUACAGGAGAAGUCACAGUGUGCUUUGGAAGAGUAUGUUAGGAGCCAGUAUCCCAACCAGCCAACACGAUUCGGGAAGCUAUUACUACGUCUCCCCUCCCUUCGCACUGUCUCCUCUUCUGUCAUAGAGCAAUUGUUUUUCGUCCGUUUGGUAGGUAAAACCCCCAUAGAAACCCUAAUCAGGGAUAUGUUACUGUCUGGCAGCAGUUUUAACUGGCCUUACAUGUCCAUUCAAUAAAACAUCCGAGAGAGGAAAAAAAAAAAAAAGGAAAAAAAAAAAAACCACCAAGACAAAAAUUUAAAAAAAAAAAAAAAAUUCAAAAUUGAGAAGGGAGAUGAGAGUGAAAGGAAAGCAAAUGACAUUUGGGUUCUGGUUGUUUCUUAAAUUUCCUUCUGCUAAGAAAGGAUGUAAAAGGAUGUUACAAGUUUGCAAAGAGAAGACAGGAAAAAAUUAAUGGACUGUGAAUUAAAAAAAGAGACUGUCAAAUGAACUUUUACAGAAUGCAUUAAAAACUCCCGUGUCGUUCAGAAAAAAACUUGCUACUUAUCAUUUUUUUUGUAAAAAAUAAAAAAGAGGGAAAGAAAAAAAGAAAGAAGAAGAAAAGAAACGAUGGUGGGCUUUUUCUUUUUUUCUUUUUUCUUCUUUUUUUUUUCUUUUUUUUUGGGGUAAACUUUUUAAAAAAUCUCGCUUAAAGUGCAUUUAAAGGAAAUUUGGAGAAAAUUAGCAGAACGGAAGAAAGUAAGUCUUUUUUUUCCAAAUUAUUAAUUGUCCUAUGUGUCUAUGUACCUAUAGCUGUUCUUUUUUGUAUUUUUCUGGUUUCAAACCAGUUUAUUCUGUGGUUCUAUAAUAAUUUUUGAUAUAACCUUGGCUUCUUUAAAAAAAAAAAUAAACUGUGUAUCCUUAAAAUAUAUGUUCUGAAAGAAUUAAAACUGAGUCCACGAAAGUAUCAUAGGAAGAAAGGAAAAGAGAAAAAAAAAAAAAACCCUCAACAACACAAUGAUGGAAGCGCACUUAAGGUGGUGACCCAAAAUCUAGCUUGAAGCUGAGAGAGCUAUAAUUAUAUAGACCCGAAUGAACCACACGUGUCAUAUAACUCCCCCCAAAUCUAGGUUUUUUUGAUAUUUCGGACAGAAAAUGAACUGUGGGGAUUUAUUAUAGGUAGAAGGAUUUUGUGUCCAAGACACACUACGGUUUUGAUUUAAAAGGAAAAAAAAAAAAAACAAAAACAAGCAAACAAGCAAAGUGAACUUUUGUAAUUUGAAUUGGGUUCCACAUAGUUCAUCAUGAAUUGUUAUUAAACUCCUCUAUCUGUUUGUAUAUUUGCAAGCCCUUUGUAUUAUAAUAAUUGUUGAUAUUUUCCCUUUUUAAAAAAUACCAUUGAAAUCAGCAUGACAAAAUAACACUGUUGGCACUUAUAGAUAACGUGAUUGAUUCAGUAUCUUAGAGUUUACAGUUUUGUGUUUAAAAAAACUGAAGGUUUUUUUUUUUUUUUAAGUGCAACAUUUCUGUAUACUGUAAAAGUUAUAAUAACUGAACUGUUUGGUCGAGUCUUUGUGUGUUAUAUUCCAAGGAAAAUUGAAAGUAUUCAGAAAUUAAAAUAUUAUUUGAUAUCUGAAACUUGUUUGGCUGUCAUAAAUGUCUUUCAGAAACCACAUUACUUCUCUAUAGUUUGCAGUCAUUUAAGUCCAUAGGCGAUUGAUUUGUUUACUUGUCACAGUAAGUUUGUAGCAGAUGUAUUGUAGUGUAUUUACCUGUUUAAUUCCGGGAUGGGGGUGGAGGACUUAAGUUCGUGGUUUAUCUCUGGUUUUAGGAAGUACUAUGCUGAAAUGGUAAACCAUCAACCCCCAUUCAUCUAAUCCUCCUGUUAAUUAAAAAUGGAUUUUCUGGAAAAAAAAAAAAAAAAA